AUGGUGGCCCUCACACAAACUCUGCAAACGGCUUCCUCUUCGGCUCGGCUGUUGCGAGCCAGGUUUCCGCGGGCAGCCCAGACCCAUAAGAGCCAGAAGAAUGCCUGGCACUCGGACAAUUUAGACCCCCACGAAUGUCAUGCAUUCAAGCUGGAGAAAACUGUAACUACAGCUUCUAUGAUCACCACUAAGACACUACCUCUUGUUCUGAAAGCAACAGCAACCAUGCCUGCCUCUGUUGUGGGUCAAAGACCUACAAUUGCCAUGGUGACUGUCAUCAACAGCAGCCAGAAAACUGUCCUUAGCACUGAUGCACAGAACACACCUGUCAACCUCCAGACAACAAAUAAAGUCACCGGUCCAGGAGCAGAGGCAGUACAAAUAGCGGCAAAAAAUACAAUCGCAUUGGUUCAAGCUACAGCUCCUCAGCCUAUCAAAGUGCCAGAGUUCAUCCCUCCUCCCAGACUUACUCCUUGUCCAAAUUUUCUUCCACAGGUUCGACCAAAACCAGUUGCCCAGAAUAACAUACCUAUAGGUCCACCUCCCCCUAUGCUUGCUGCUCCUCAACUUAUUCAGAGGCCUGUGAUGUUGACCACAAAGUUCACCCCCACCUCCUUACCCUCUACACAGAAUUCCAUACACCAGUGCUUCCACAGUUCUGACUAUUUUGUUUAG